GUUCGAGGUGGUAAAAAAUAAAACAGUCUGGAAAAGACAGAGCCUUUGGACAUCUCAAGGCCUCUCUCUCUCUCUCUCUCUCUCUCUUCCUCUUUCUCUCCCGCUCCUUAGGUUAGGAAGAAGCUCUGCGUCUACGAUCCAAAAUCAUGACGUACGCAACUCAUCUUCUCAGUCACUCCAGAAAGUUACGCAAUGCUCCAGCCAUACUGCAAAAUGAUUCUGCUAUUCUUGUCCGUUGGUUUUCUAAAGAUACUUUCCCCUCCAUUGGCCAAAGAGAUGAUAUCCUAAAGACUCAAAGACAUGAUUGCCUGUCUGGAAAGAAGGAUUGUAACUUGUCUAUUGGUGUGAUUCCUAGUACAAUCAACAGAUUCAACCACAGUUGUAGAGCUGAGCAUCUUGACUUCUUCACGGUAUCUUUGUUUGGGGGACUAAAGGGAAAAUUUUCAAGGACAGCCAUGAGAAUGAGUAUCCCAGUGGCUGGUUCAGUUUUAAAAAAUGGCUCUCCAUGUUCACAAACAUACUCAGUAAGAGGUUAUGCAGCAGAUUCAGGGCUUCCUGCACACCAGGAGAUUGGAAUGCCUUCACUCUCUCCUACCAUGACAGAGGGUAACAUUGCACGGUGGUUGAAGAAGGAAGGUGAUAAAGUUUCACCUGGUGAAGUACUAUGUGAAGUCGAAACUGACAAAGCUACAGUUGAGAUGGAAUGCAUGGAGGAGGGUUAUCUUGCUAAAAUAAUUCGUGGAGAUGGGUCAAAAGAUAUUAAAGUUGGUGAGGUGAUUGCGGUUACUGUUGAAGAAGAGGAUGAUAUUGAGAAAUUUAAAGAAUACAAACCCUCAACAUCUGGUUCCGCUGAUGAAGUAAAAGGGUCAUCUGAUUCUACCCCACCAAAAAGGGAGACAGUGGAGGAGCCUGUCAGCCAACCUGAAAAGAAGUUUGCUAAGCCUAAUGAAGCCCCUCCUGCAAAAGAUCGUAUUUUUGCAAGCCCACUUGCGAAAAGUUUGGCGGAAGAGCACAAUGUUCCUCUUUCAAACAUCAAAGGAACUGGUCCUGAUGGAAGUAUUGUGAAAGCUGAUAUUGAAGAUUAUUUGGCUUCUAGCCAAAAGGGUGUCCCUGCAUCAGUUUCCAAGGCAAAGGAUACUACCAUUGCAGGAGAUCUAGACUACAGCGACAUGCCGCAUUCCCAGAUAAGAAAAAUCACGGCUUCACGCUUAUUGCUUUCAAAACAAACUAUUCCUCAUUAUUAUUUAUCAGUAGACACCUGUGUCGACAAACUUAUGGAUUUGCGCAGCCAACUUAACUCCCUACAGGAAGCUUCUGGUGGAAAGCGGAUUUCUAUUAAUGAUCUUGUAAUAAAGGCUGCUGCUUUGGCUCUUCGCAAAGUUCCUCAGUGCAAUAGUUCUUGGACCAAUGAUUACAUCCGGCAGUAUCACAAUGUCAAUAUCAAUGUGGCUGUGCAGACGGAUAAUGGCCUGUUUGUCCCCGUAAUUAGGGAUGCUGACAAGAAAGGGUUAUCCAAAAUUUCUGAUGAAGUCAAACAGCUGGCCCAAAAAGCGAAGGACAACAGCUUGAAACCUGAUGAUUAUGAGGGAGGCACAUUUACGGUAUCAAAUUUGGGAGGGCCUUUUGGAAUUAAGCAGUUCUGUGCCAUCAUCAAUCCUCCUCAAUCAGGCAUUCUUGCUGUUGGGUCUGCUGAGAAGAGGGUCAUUCCUGGGGCUGGUCCUGAUCAAUUCAAUUUCGCUUCCUUUAUGACGGUGACACUAAGCUGCGAUCACCGUGUAAUCGACGGUGCAAUUGGUGCUGAGUGGCUGAAGGCAUUCAAAGGCUACAUUGAGAAUCCAGAGUCAAUGUUGCUCUAGGUUUAUUGGCUUGCCGAACAAUUUUGUUAGUGUUGAUAUGAAUAAGGAACUAUGUGAGAUCCUGAGCAUGAUUCUUUUCCUGAGUUUCAA